GACAGUAAUGGCUGCCUCCUCUGUGGGAUCGUGUGUAGUAUGUUCCUGUAUUAAUAGAGUAAGCCCAAGUCAAAGACAUUUGUUAAGGACUUUUACUUAUAACAGUUUCUUCAUUAGAAAUGUACGGACUUCGUAUUUAUGUUUCCAAAAUCAAGUUCAAGCCCAAAUUAAAAGUGACCCCCGGCAGCUGGUUGCGGUGGUGGGCCUGGAAGUUCACGCACAGAUCCAUUCCAAGUCCAAGCUGUUCUCUGGCUCUCACGUGAAGUUCUCCGCACCUCCUAAUUCUCUGGUGUCCUUCUUUGACGCCUCCCUCCCGGGCACCUUACCUGUGCUGAACAGGAGGUGUGUGGAGGCAGCUGUGAUGACAGGUCUGGCCCUGAACUGCACCAUUAAUAAGAAGUCCUUGUUUGACAGGAAGCACUACUUCUAUGCUGAUCUGCCCGCAGGUUAUCAGAUUACCCAGCAGCGAGUGCCCAUUGCUGUAAAUGGGAGCCUUGCAUACAGCCUUGUAGUGGGACAGAAGAGGAAAGAGGUGGUGACCAAGAGUGUGAGAAUUAAACAGAUCCAGCUGGAGCAGGACAGUGGCAAGAGCCUGCAUGACGACUCCAGGAGCCAGACCCUCAUAGACUUGAACAGAGCAGGCGUGGGGCUGAUGGAGCUGGUGAUGGAGCCGGACAUGUGCUGCGGCGAGGAGGCAGCUACAGCUGUGAGAGAGCUACAGCUCAUCCUACAGGCGCUGGGGACCAGCCAGGCCAAUAUGUCGGAGAGUGCAGAUAAGGUCAUGGUUAUUUUGAGAUACAUACUGAAAAAAGUAAAAUGCUUGAUUUUCUGUUUUUAUAGAUGUUUGACAUUACAGCUAUUCCCACAAUCAAGGCUUGAAAGUGAGCUUCGGAUACUUUGUCAUAUUGCUUCCUUUAUCACUCUGGACCUCCUGAUCUUUUCCACAGACUAUGAAAUUGAAAGGCAGAUGGCUGUCCUUGAGAGUGGAGGAGUGGUAGUGAAUGAGACACGAGCCUUUGAUUUUAAAUCCGGCUUUUGGGUUCUUGAUGCAAAUCAAGUCAGACAAGGGAGCCUUUUCUUUGGAGUUUGCCUUUUCUCUUCAUGUUUGUUCAUGCCGGAACCUAAUCUGCCGCCUCUGAUAGUGUAUGACAGGCAGACAGUCCCUCCCAAUGCAGAUCCUCAGCAGGUCAUCAAUGUUGACUGGAUCAGGGAGCAGCUACCUCAGCUGCCUCAGAUGAAGCGCAGACAUCUGGUGGAGCACUACGGCCUUCUCCCAGAGCAUAGCAUCACACUGGUGAAUGAAGAUGGGUUAAUGGACUAUUUUGUGAGUGUAGUGCAAGAGACCACGACUGAGCCAAAGAAGGUGGUUGGAUGGAUCAUUAAAGACUUGUUGGCGCUCCUGAAGCAGCACAGCCUGAAUGUCAGCCAAAGCCCCAUCUCCCCGUCCUCUUUGGCAGAACUCCUUAACCUCCUGGAAGCUGGGAAGAUCUCUUCCUCAGUGGCAAAGCUGGUCUUUCAGGAGCUGUGGAGAGGGACUGGAAGAAGUGCCAGCCAGAUUGUUCAGGAACAGGAUUUGAGCAUGGUUCAUGACAGAGGUGCAAUCCAGCAGAUCUGUCAGGCUGUUAUUGACUCGCACCAGGAGGAGGUCAGAGCGAUCCAGGGAGGAAACAAGAGGGUCCUGAACAGGCUGGUGGGUCUGGUGCAGAAGGAGGUGAAGGGCCGGGCAGACCCUGUGCAGGUCAGAGCCAUCCUGGAAGAGAAGACCUCGUGACAGCACACCCCUGCUGUUGCUGUUUUGCGUCAUAGAAGCAGCCAUUUCUCUUCGCUGACAAUGUGAACCGUGUCCUUGGACAUGCAGAGAAAUUAACUGCUAGAACUGGACAAUCCUUUGCUACAGAGCACUUCUUUGAAGGAUGCUUGUGGGCUGCUAAAAAGCUGAGUGUAAAAGACUUAAAUUUAGCAGUUAUGCUUGUGUUAAUCCAAAUAAUCUUCAAUCCAUAUCAUCCUCUCGCAGCUACAGUUUAGUAGGUGAUUACAAGUUAUUUUUCAUUUUUGGCCAGGUUUAUAGUGGUGGUGCUGUGUCAUUGAAUGGGUAUCUGUCAUUUACGUGAUGCCUAGAUUGUAAAGUUUCACUGUGUGUUAAAUACUUUAAAAAUGUACAUUGAAUUGCUGUGCUUGCUCAAUUGGUAUCACUUCAUUAGUUCACUAAAAAUAACAGCAUAUAACCUAAUAGUCAGAAAACUAGAAAGAUUAAAAAAAGGUAAUGUAAUUAAACUCUCUGAAGUCAAUGGUGCUGUAAUAAUUUGUGGUCUUUAUUGCAUUUUUAUAGAGAGAAAAAGGACAAGCAGGGGCAAGGAGGCCUUUAUUUUUUUCUGUACUUUUGUGUUCUUUUCAAGUGAAAACUCCAAAAUUGUGGAAGCUCCCUGAUGCUGUAAUGACCUGGUUUCUGCUAUCAGUGCAAGGUGGCAAUUAGACUGUACUGAGAAAUCUUCACAGCCCUCUGGCAGGGCUUUCAAACUUCACUGAACAAAGUACCUGUCUAAGGCUGGUAGAUAAUGCACUGGUAAGGGACCUCUGAUAAGUCAUCCCAGGGCCAUUAUUAGUAUAUUUCAGAAUUGAAAUCCUUCAGCUCAGUACAAAAGAGCAGAAAUAUAACAUGUAAUAUAUUUUAAUAAUAAUAAUUGCUUACAUUUAUAUAGCGCUCGCUCUUCAGGUCACUUCACUCAAAGCGCUUUACAGGUAAUGGGGAUCCCCUCCACCACCACCAAUAUUUUAUCAAAUUUCUCUUUAUUCACCAGAUUGAUUUUUAACUUGGCGCAUAGCUCUACCUUGUGGUCAAUCAAAAUAUUUUUAAAAGCACACUACUUUCUCUUAAAAGCAUAGAAGGGAAUGGGAUCCUAAAUUCUCUUGAAGUUGGAGUAAAACUAUGGAAUCCUUUUAUGUCAGCUCUGAACACUAAUUAAUAGUGAUAUCUAACUUCACUUCUUUUUUAUCCACCUUGAUUUCUUUUUACUUUAUAGCUGAAGCUGAAAGUAGUGUUAGGAUUGUAGGCAAGCUGUCAGGGCGG